CCAUGUCGGACUCGACAACGAUUUCUACGAAUGCUACAGAACACACGCAUACGCCGCCUGCUGAAGCGACACAGGCGACCAGCACGGGCUUCUUCCCGCCGCGGAAGAUCAUCCUGACGAAGGAGCAGCUCGAGGCGUUCCAGCAGUCCAAGACGCACGAGACGAUCGUGGGGUACAUCAACGCGCUGAACGCGGCUGUCGUCGGUGUGAAGCUCACGGACGAGUGCCCUGUCUCUCCUGGCGUGCAAGCCGUGCUGGAUAUUCUUGAGCGCGUUGCGGAGACGGCGCGCGGUAUUCCCCCUGUGGAUAACAAGGCCUCGCGGUUUGGAAACCCUGCGUUCAGGACGUUCUUUGACAAGAUCUCGGAGAUUGCUCCUGAGCUGCACCGCACAAUUCCCGGUCUUCCCGAGGACGCGAUCCCUGAAGUGACUGUGUAUUUUGACGAGUCCUGGGGCAACCGGACGCGUAUCGAUUAUGGGAGCGGCAUGGAGCUCAACUUCUUGUGUUGGAUGAUAUGCCUGGAUAAACUGGGCGUAUUCCAGGAGAGCGACCGUGCAGCUCUAGUGACCAAGGUCUUCUGGCGGUAUAUCGAGGUCAUGCGCGUACUGCAGUCGACCUAUUGGCUCGAGCCGGCAGGAUCGCACGGCGUGUGGGGCCUGGAUGACUACCACUUCCUGCCGUUCUUAUGGGGUGCAGCGCAGCUGCAAGGGCACAAGUACAUCCGUCCAAAGUCAAUACAUGACAGUGAUACGGUGGAGGAAUUCUCCAAACACUACAUGUAUCUUGCGUGCAUCAAAUUCAUCAAUUCGAUCAAGACUGCUUCAUUGCGAUGGCACUCGCCUAUGCUGGACGACAUCUCUGCGGUCAAGACCUGGGACAAGGUCAACUCAGGCCUCACGAAGAUGUACCUCGCGGAGGUGCUCGGGAAGCUCCCCGUCAUGCAGCACUUCCUCUUCGGCUCGCUCCUCGCCUGGGACGGGCCCCUCCCCGCGCUGCCCGCAGGCUCCCCCGGGCAGAACGACGAGCACUGGGGGCACGCGCACGCGAUGGGCGACCUCGGCGGCGUCGGCCAGCGCGAGAACGGGUGGGGCGACUGCUGCGGGAUCCCGGUGCCGUCGGUGUUCGCGGCGGCGAAGGCGGAGGAGACAAGGAAGCGGGUCGAGGGCGGGCUGUUGUCUGGGCCUGGGAUCCGGCCUGUGCCGUUUGAUUGAGGGGGGCGGAGGAUAGGAAGUUAUUAAGGACCGUUAUGGCAGCUGCUUGAAGUGUAAGAUUUUGUAACGGAGUCUACGUUACCACUGGCCGGAGCAUCAUGCUUCUGUAUCUGGAUUGAAGUGAUCUGCA